AUGUCCACCCAGCCUCUCCUUCAGCGGACAGCGACGAAGCGCAUCGCCCUCCCCGUUCGAGUCGAGCCGAAAGUUUCUUUCGCCAAUGAACGCACGUUCUUAUCAUGGUUACAUUUCACUGUCGUUCUCGGCGGUCUCGCUGUUGGCUUGUUGAACUUUGGCGAUAAGGUUGGAAAAAUUAGCGCAGCCAUGUUUUCCUUGGUCGCCAUGGCGAUCAUGAUCUACGCCUUGUAUACCUAUCACUGGAGAGCGAAUUCUAUUCGCCGUGGAGGACGUGGUCCUUAUGAUGACAGAUUUGGACCUACUGUCUUGUGCAUUUCCCUCUUGGUUGCCGUCGUUAUCAAUUUCGUCUUACGCUUUGCGCAAAACUGA